UUUGAACUCUUGAACACUUCUUUUCUCUCUCGCUCUGAAUUCGAGUUUAGACAUCCCUUAUGAUGCAACGUUUAUGCACUGGUUCUCGAAUGCAAGCAUCGGCAUUGCUAGCUCUCUGUCCAAGCUUCGGUAGCUACUGUCCAAACGAGAUAGCAGAAAUUGCUUCCAGAGUUAUGGAAGCGAUGGCCAUGGAUAACUCGCUCGAGGAAGAACCUGCUCGAGGACAGCCAGAAUGCGAAGUGCCAGCCGCCGAGCAAGACGAAGAGGGUGAGGCAAGCAAUUUUGAGUUCACAUUUGUGGAUGAGGGUUCAGAGUUGCCUGCGAUGGUAGCCGCUGAUGAGAUCUUCUACAAUGGUCGGAUAAGGCCUCUGUGCCCCGUCAUCCAUGAAGCUGUGAUGUCCAAUAUUGCGAUCCAAAACAUGGAUGAGAAUGGCCUUAAUUCAAGGAACUUGAGGAAAAGGACUUUGCGGGUGCCGCUUAAGAAGCUCAUGAGCGAAGAACGAGACUCGUUCGCGUCCUGUUCUUCCUCGGAAGCGGAUGAACUCGACGGGAUAGCUCCAGAAAUGUACUGUGCGUGGACGCCUAGAUCACCAGGAGCACCUCCGACACGCCCUGAAAGCAAGAGCAAUUCUGCUCAUCAUUCAAAAAGGUGGAAACUCAAAGAUAUGCUCUCUGAUUGAAUAUGGAGAGAUAUGGACAGCACAUGGGAGGUGUAUGAAGGCGUCAUGUUGAGAGAAUUAUUGAAAUUACAUCGGCCAGAGGAAUGAUGGAUAUGUAUAACGUCUUCUUUUGGUUUUUGCCAUAUAACGUGUUAUUAUUAUGUAUCCAAAUUCAAUUUAUUCAAGUUGGAUGCAACUCAAUGGGGAUCCCUUUGGUCUCACAACCUGCAAUGGACAUGAGAGUUUAUUGCGGAAA